AUGAACGCGUUAGACUUCGGGAAGGGUAAUAGCGCGUUCGUUCACCACCGCAAACACCUGCAGGCCGGAGUUUUGCAAAUAUCUCAGCAUCAUUGUGUUUUUGUUUUUAUCCUCACUUUUUCAAAGGAAUCGCUUGGAAAAUGACAAAGGGGUAGUCAAUGACCAAGAGUACUUAUUCUUUCGUCACUGCGCUACAAAGACUACACUUUUUUGGAUCUUCAUGUGUGUUUUGAAAUGUUCUGAAAAUCUUGUAUACCAUAACAGUAGACACAGGUCAUUGCGAAACUUGUCAAUUACCUGUUAUAAGACUUUAAUUUGUAGGUUCGAUUGCACAGAAGCUAUGAAACUAUGUUCGUUUGGAGGUCGACAGUUCGACUGUUGCAAGUUUAUGGAGCCAAUUAUAACGAAUCUCGGAAAGUGUCACUACUUGGAUAUGCGAAAAGCUCGUGAAUGGAUGCGGAAGCAGACGGUGGCCGGCGUGAACGCAGGGCUUCAAAUAAUCCUCGAUGCACAUAUGGAAGAGCAAUUUGACGAUAAUUCCGACCCGAUCUUUUCUAAUGCAUUCGAGAACGGCUAUCGAUAUUAUGUUCAUGCGCCCGACACAAUACCAUAUCUGGUUUCUGAGGGAAUCAGUGUCUCUCCCGGAACGCGUGUUUAUUCGGCUAUUUCGACCAAUACGUACAUACUGCUUUCGUCAGAAAAUUGGGGAAACUGCAGUGAUAAAUGGCCGUCGUCUUACAACACCACACUACCGUACUCUUCAGUAAACUGUGGUUCUCUUUGUAAGGCGAACUACUUCUACGAUCGAUGUGGAUGCAGUCCGUUCACGUAUAACAUCGAUAUGUGUGAGUUUUUCAUGCUCCAUGAGUUCUCCUUGUUUCGUUAUCUUAAACAUCUACUUCCAGGCACUGACUACUUCUACAUACCACAAUGUCAAGACUGUAAAAUCGAAUGCCACAGUCUUGUCUACCAUGCUUACAACUCGUACGGGAAAGGUUUCAGUCAUGGAGCGCUGAAAUGGCUGAGUAGAAAAAAUUCAAGUUGGAAAAUAUAUUUAAGAUCGAAUUUUCUUACUGUGAAUGUGUUCUUCCGUGAUAUGGCUCACACCGAAUACCGACAAGUACAGGCGACGUCGCUGACGGAAGUUCUUAGUGAGUAUAUAAUGCUGAAAAUUUCAAUGACUAACGUGAGACUAACUUCGGCAUUGAUCGAUAAGCUUUUUAUCGGAUGGAUUGCGUUCUCAAAACGAAGGCGAGACUAUCUGUACAACAAAAAAAAAAGCGAAAAAGAACGGGAAAAGCAGCUUGAGGAGACGGUAUCCGGCUUCAAUAUGUUCCGUAUCAAAAAGGUUGCUGAUGUACGAGAUUCGUUCCGAGUAACACAGUCACGUUUACGAGCGUUUGGAAAGGAAAUGCGAGAUAGUUUCCGGGUUUCGAAACCUAAAGGGCUCAACGUACCACCGUUGUAUUCGUCGGUAAGCCUUUUAUGUUUAUAA